UAAUUAGGAGCUUAGAUGUCAAGAGGUAGAGAAAACAAACCAGAUAAGAGCUUUGAAGUAUCUCUUAUAAGACUGUUGCAAAGAAGAGGGCUAUUGGAGAGAUGGAGGAAAAGGGUUGUAGAGAAGAGGGGCUGCUGAAGAGAUUUAGACUCAGAAAGUGACACACGCUAAAAAUAAAGGGUAAGAAAUCACAUUAGACUCACAAAGAGACUCACGCUCACUGCCCUCAGCCUCGGGCAUUCUCUUCAUUGUAGAGAUGGAGCAACAACUUCUUUCCUUCCAAAGAAGGAUUCCUCCCACAGAGAAGAUCGUAGUUGCAGAAAUGGAGGAGACUCUUUGUGCUUCGAAUGGGAGAUGAAGAACAGUUAGGUGCGGAAUUCGUUCAAUCCUACCGUCCACCUGUCCUUAACAGAUGUCGAGGGCCGAAGGCAUCACUGCCAGUCUCUGCCCGAUGUACUCCCGUAGACGAUUUUGAUCCGGGUUUCAUGGCAUGAGUCGGAUUGGAAUGUGAUAAAAGAAAAAAAAAAAAAAAUUAGGAGAACAGAGAAAACUAUUGGUGCAUUUGGUUGCGUUUCCCAAUUCUUGAUUCUAUUGAUGUUUGCUCUCCGGAAUCAACCAUAGCAGUACCAACAAACUCAUGGCUUCCUCGCGCGAAGGUGAACCUGUUCUUCUGGAACGUUCUUCAAGAGCAACCAGAGGGAAAAGGAUGACCAAUUUGCUUGACGAGGAGAUUGAGGAGGAUGAGCUGUUCUGGAAUCAGGAUUCCCUUAGAGAGGAAGAGGAUGAUGAAAAUUAUAAAGAGGAAGCGGAGGUUGCUGAUGAAUUUGAUAGUGACUUUGAUGAAGAUGAACCUGAACCAGAUGAUGAAGUGGAAAAUGAUGCAAAUGACAGGGUGCAUACAAAGAAGCGUUUAAUAUACCCGGGAAAGUCUUUGACCAAAAAGAAAAAUAAGAAGAAGGUCCUCUCAAAGUUAGAAAGAGAUCCAGAGGAUGAAAGCUCGCGUAAACCUCAUCCUAACUCAAGUGAACAUCAUGACAUUCCAGAUGAUCCAGAAGGUGAGAGAAUAGUGAGGAAAUCCACGAGAACCUCAGUGAUUGUAAGGCAAGCAGAAAGAGAUGCAAUACGUGCAGCAUUGCAAGCAACCAUGAAGCCUAUAAAACGGAGGAAGGAAGGCGAGGAGAAGCGAAUGACCCAAGAAGAGAUGCUUUUAGAAGCAGCCCAAACAGAAAUCAUGAACUUGAGGAACUUGGAGCGUGUGUUGGCGAGGGAGGAAGAAGUUAAGAAAAGAGCAGUUGUGCACAAAGCAAUUUAUAGUGGUCCUCAGAUACGAUAUUCUUCGAGAAAUGGUCAAUUGUUUCUUGAAUUCAGUAAAGGGUUGUCAUUUCAAUCAGAAAUCUGUACAACAUCAGCCUCGUAUCCACAGAGGGCCAUCUGUGCAGUAACUGGAUUGCCUGCCAAGUACCGUGAUCCUAAGACAGGAUUACCUUAUGCAACAAGAGAAGCGUUCAAAAUUAUUAGGGAACGGAGCAGAGAAGGCAUACGGAGUCAGACAUAAGUUUGAAUUGUUCCUCAAAACGCUUUGCAAGGCCAGAGAAAAGAGAUAGGUUAGCCAAAGUGGAUUGCUUAGAAGACCCAGUUCCGUGGUGCUUAAGCUGAAAGUUUUUGAAUUGGAGGCAAGUCAAGAGAUGUUUCCAGUGGCUGUGAACAAUGGUGUAAAUGGUUGGGAUGCUGUUGAUUUAAUUUAUUCUCAUUCAUCAGAAAUUCAAUCUGGAAAUCGUGGUGGGGCUGGGAGAAUGGUGGUCAAUGCAUAGGCAAUGGGAGGGCCACUUGAGGGGUCAUCUCUGGGUAAUCCAUCUCAAUUGCCUCAGCCUUUUACUUCUUUCUCUUGCUGUAUUCUUCUUUUUGCUUUUGCUUUAAUUGGGGUCAUUCCUUUUCGUUGUGUAGUCUCCUUGGGAAUUAGUGAUAAGGAAUGAGAAACUGCUCACGAUUCUUACUCCGUAUCCUACUUAUAGGCUACCCAUCCCAAAUAUGAAUUUUAACUUGACUCAACGAAGAAAAUCCUAAAACAACUAAAUAAUUGACUCCUAUUACAAGAUAGCAACUCCCACGAGUGUUUUAACCUUUAAACAAUAAAACUACUAAUUACAGAAUUGAGCUUAAAAUAGACCUGAAUCUAAGUGGAACACCUGAAAUUAAAUCCUAAAAGGUUAACAUCUUAUUGGCAAAUUGGUCAUUACCUUCCCAGUAUAACAUGAAAUUGCAAGAUCUGGGUCUCUUUAGAUAGAUAACAUGGCAACUUUUCUAAUUGGCGCCAGUUUCAUGAAUAAACAGUUUUCACCAUCCCAAAUGAAGUCCUCAGAAAAGUGAUGGAAGUAGACCUAAUUUCCUGUAAUGCAAUCCUCAGAAAAGUGAUGGAAGUAGACCUAAUUUCCUGUAAUGCAAUCUUC